AUGGAGUUCCCAGCGUUCUCGGAGUACCAGGACGUGUUCUCAGCCCCCCUACCGACAUCCAUGCUUGUGAUAUUUGUCAACCCGUUGUGGAUACCUGUGCAGCCUGCUCUGUUGAAGAUCGCCAAGGCCGCCUAUUCUUAUUGGAAGGAAUGCAGAGUCAAGCAAGGCGGCCACCAUAUCAUACCCACAUUAAAUGGCGAUGAAUCCGACACCCUUAAUGAAUUCUACAUUUGUUUCCGGUGGAGAGAGAGCAAAGCAGUCCGCAAGACAAGGGCACAGCAAGAGAAUGCCAUCCAGGCGCAAGCUCUCUGGGAGAAACGACAAGCAUUUGCCAAUCUCAAACGCAAAUUUCCUUCACUCAACGAGAAGAUCAAUGAGGAGCUCUUGGUAGACAAGGAACAGCCAGUUAAGAAACUGGAAGUUGUGCCGAAGGAGCGACUUGCGAUGAUUCGUGAGCAGAUCAAGUCGCAGCUGGCAAGACAGAAGGAUAUUGAUCAUCACUGGGAUGACCAGAUUGAUAACCCCUACCAAACCCACCCGGCUCCUUAUGCUUGCAGACUCUUCAAAUACAUACCUCCUCCUGGUGCUCCUGCCUGGCCUUUGUCCAGCUCUGAUAAGACUAACAAAGACAGCACCCCUCCAUCCCUUCCCCCUCCACACCAAUCUCAUGCCGCUCAUAUGUGCUAUGGCAGAGGAGGAAGUCGACAGCAGCAUCUGGAGGAGAGAUGGAAGUACGACUUGGAUGAUGUCCCUCCUGUGGGUCCUGAAGGAGCAGAUGAGCAAGAUCGCAUCUUGGUGGAUGAUUAUGGUGUGAAGUACCUGCAGCAUAGUAUGACACUCCACUUAGAUCCCGACCACCUACAUCUUGUCACUAACCCUACUCUCAUCCUUACAAAUUCCGAAGGCCGACAACAUGCGGCACUGCCAUAUUGCCUGGAUGUUUAUUGCUGUCUGUUUCGACCAUAA